CAUAUCAAUUUAUAACGUUCUACGCCGCGUACGACGAAGCAUCUCGUUUGUUAUUCUGUCAGAUCGCGAUGGAAUCAUUGAUUUCGUUGCCCUUUGUGCUAUUAUUAAUUACUCUGGUCGCCAUUGGCGUUUUGAAAAUUGUCACUGUGCUACAUGAUGCAUAUUUUCAUUGGAAGAAUAAGGGCAUACCUUACAUGCCAAAUUCGUUAUCAUCUUUUAUAGCGAGUUGGAAAUUGUUUUUCGGUUACACCACUUUGCCCGAACAUUGCCAAUAUGUGUACAAUUACUUCCCAGACGCUAAAUAUUUUGGAACAGUGGAUUUUUUCACGCCUUUUCCGAUCGUGAUCGUGCGAGAUCCAGAGCUGAUUAAAAACAUCGCAGUGAAAGAUUUUGAACAUUUCACGGAUCAUCGCUCUUUCAUUGACGAAACUGUGGAACCGUUAUUUGGCAAGAACAUCUUCUCCUUACGCGGAGAUCGUUGGAAAGAAAUGAGGAAUAUACUGAGCCCCUCUUUCACCGCCAGCAAAAUGAAGUUUAUGUUCGAACUGAUAUCGAAAUGUUCUCACAAUUUUGUCAAUUAUUUGGUCGACCAUCCGGAACUCUGUCGUGAAAUGGAAACGAAGGGAGCCUUUCGACGAUACACGAACGAUGUAAUUGCUACGGCAGCCUUUGGUAUAAGCGUGAAUUCUAUGAAAGAUCGAGAUAAUGAGUUUUAUACAAGAGGAGUGGAGGCUACCACAUUUGCUACUGGAAUACUAGCGAUUGCCAAGAUUACAUUUUUACGCGCGUGUCCAAGGCUUGCGAAAUUAAUGGGUGUGUCUUUUUUCCCGCCGAAUACGUUAAAGUUUUUCAGGAGGAUCGUAGGAGAAACCGUUAAAGCGCGAGAAGAGCAAGAUAUUAUCCGACCGGAUAUGAUCCACUUGCUAAUGCAGGCUCGGGACAAGGAAAGUGCUAGUGCACCAAAAAUGACAUUGGACGAUAUUGUUUCGCAAGCUUUCAUUUUUUUCUUCGCUGGUUUCGAAACUACUUCAAUCAUGAUGUGUUUCGCUGCUCAUGAACUGGCAGUUAAUCAAGAUGUUCAGGAUCGUUUACGCGAAGAGGUACAACAGUAUCUUAUCGAAGGAAACGGUGAGAUAUCUUACGAGUCGUUAUCGAAGAUGACUUACAUGGACAUGGUGAUUUCGGAGACUCUCAGAAAAUAUCCACCAGUCGUCAUGACCGAUAGACUUUGCACUAAGAAAUACGAACUGCCUCCGUCACUACCUGGCUUCAAGAAUGUAAUCAUCGAACGUGAAGAUCAAGUGCUAUUUCCUGUUUAUGCUUUACAUCAUGAUCCGAAGUAUUUUCCAAAUCCUAAUAAAUUCGAUCCUGAAAGAUUCAACGAUGAAAAUAAAGACAGCAUUGUACCAUACACUUAUCUACCAUUCGGUCUUGGACCCAGAAUGUGUGUCGGCAAUCGAUUUGCUCUUAUGGAGACUAAAAUUCUAAUAGCUCAACUUUUACAAAAGUUUACUUUAAAAACUACAGAGAAAACCGUCGAACCAGUUGUAUUCAGUAGAAAGGACUUUAAUAUACAACCUGUUGGCGGAUUCUGGAUUCAUUUGGAAAAGAGAGAAACAUGAAAAUUUUGUACAAAGAAACUUUAUUUUCUAAGAAAAAACAAUAUUACAUUUUUAAUUUUUAAAAUAUUUAACGCUUUUAAAAGUAAAAAAAGUAUACAAAAGAUUUAUUUGCGAUGAAUAAUAAAUAAUUAUUCAAGACAAAUAAUAAAAAUUUUAAGUCAAAUAAUACAAUUGUAUUUAAUGAGAAAUAGAAAAUAUGAAAUGUUAAACAUUGUGAGUAGCUUAAACUCUUGACUCUAUCUAAUUAUGCUUGGUAAUGCUUGAUUAUAUUUUAAUGACUUACGUUUUUCCAUUUAGUUGUUUAAUAGCUUAGUAGAGAUGAAAUAAUAUCUUCAUCUUACUUUUUUAAAAGCGAAUAUUUUUAUUGCGCAAACGUUUAUUAUAUAAUAUUUUUCUACUUGUAAGAUAAUUUAAAUUUGAAUUACUCUUAUUAGUUCAGAUUUCCUUGCUGUAAUUUGUUAUAAAAUUAAACAUUCUACGUUACCACCUUUUGAAAAAAUGUAAUAACGUUAUUGACAAUACACAGUUAAUGCAAUAUAU